GAUAAUGCUGUGAAGUGUAAAACGUGGACAGAGAAUGACAUAAAAAGGCCCUAUUUUCAUCGAAAUCCUAACUCUCUCUUCCCCACAACUACAUCAUUUCUCAAAGAUUAACAAUGUCUUAUUACAAUCAACCUAGCAGCUAUCCAGGUGGUCCAUCUGUGAGUACAUACAAUGACAAGAUUAUUGUGUAGAAUCAAAUCUGACGAUCACCUCUUUCCCAUAUCAGACCUACCCCGGUGGUCUAAGUUUCCCAGAAGCAUCCCAAGGUGGCUAUCAAAACUACGGUCAAUCCCCAUACGGUGCGAAUGGAAACAACAACGCUUCCUCUUAUUAUGAUGCCCAUCCAAGCGGUCCAAAUUACGGCGGUGGCGGUAAUAAUGCGGUCAUGAACCACAAUCAAGGUCCAGAUCAACAAGUUCGUUAUGACGAACGUGGAAACCCAAUUCCACAAGGCGCAGAUGGUGAACGUGGUUUGGGCACAAUGGCCUUAGGUGCAAUCGGAGGUGUGGCAGCCAACAAGAUGAGCGGUGGUCAUCAUUCAACUUUGGCAAGUGCAGGUGGUGGUGCGAUGUUGGCACAAGGUGCAAAGAUGGCUUUUGAAAUGUUUUCAAACAAGAACAACCAUGGCGGUCAUCAUGGCGGUCAUCAUGGUGGUCAUCAUGGCAAAAAUGAUGGUCCUUUCGGUGGCUUGCAAAACUUCCUCGGAAAGCACUGAUCUAGUGAUGCCGGUCUUGUAUAUCUUGUAUAAAGCGACAUUUUCUCCUGUCUCGGUUUCCUUUUUCUUCUAGAUCAAGUUCCUGUAUACCAUCUUAAUGUCAUCUGUGUUUAUAUUCAAUUUCAAUCAUCUCCAUCGUCACUAUCUUCCUCUUCCUGCUGAUCAGCAUUGUUUGAAUUCUUAGCUUGACCUUCAUCUCCGAUUGCAUCUUUCCAUUGUGUCAAUACAUCAUUGAUAUCUUGACGUAAAUCAUGCAAGCCUGCAUUCAAACUUCCAAAAUCUCCCUUUUCCACUUCGAUUGCUUUCUUGUCAUUGGGAGAUGGAAGGGAAGAGGUAUCUUUCCCCUUUCCAUUGACAUCCAAUGACCAUGACCCGAUCAGUUGUGUGGUCAUUUUCCCUUGCAAGAG